CUUUUGAGUGAGGAUGGGAUGAACGUUUUCAUUUUGAUAAAUCACGUGAUGCUGAGCUCACUCAUUUGCCUGUUUGGAAUCGUGGGCAACAUUAUAAAUAUGUGCGUGUUUGUCAAACAAGGCCUGGCCAGGGCAUCGAACACAAGCUUCUUCGCCAUGGCGGUAUCGGAUACCCUGGAGAUCGUUUUCCAACUCUGGCACAACGUCUGUUUGAACCCGUACCUGGUACUAACGGAUUCGAGCAUCGCGUUCAAUGAGAUCAUGUACUUGACCGGCGGAUACCCAAGUUUAUAUUUUACGAGAACCACUGGCUGCAUUGUCGCGUACAUCACCGCGGAACGAUGCCUGUCCGUCACAUUUCCCCUGAGAGUCAAACAAGCGGUGACGACGGGACGAACGGCGGCCAUAUUAGUUUUUAUCUACGUCAUCAACUUUGAAACCAUCGUCCCCAUUUAUCUGUGGGCGUAUCUGAGCUGGAAGUUUUUCCCGCAGCAGAACAGAACAAGACUUGGAAUAUCUUUCAGAGAUGACCGUCUGGGGACCGCGCUCGAGAACUCGUAUUUUCAAAGCUGUUUGGCGAUGAUCUCCUUCGUGCUGGUCGUUGUGUUCACGAGUGUUUUGGUGUUCACGUUAAAGAAAAAUUCAAGAUGGCGUCGCAAGUCAACCACGCAGGCCAGUCGGAUGGCGACGAUAUCGUCCAGGGAGAGGACCACCGUCAUCAUGGUGAUUGUCGUGGCUGCCGUUCUCAUCGUCUGCUACACCCCUGCCAUUUCUUUUGUUAUCGCGGCAGCGGUCGACAUCAACUUCAGCAUCACCGGCGGUCAAAACCGGGUGUUCCAAGCCGCGUGGUCUUUUGCCUUUCUCCUCCACUCCGUCAACGCGAGCAUCACCAUCCUCUUGUACUACAAGACGAGCUCGAAGUACAGACAGACUUUACGGGAGUUUCUCCCCAGAUGUUUUUCACCGCGACGAGAAACCUAA